GACAUUACGAAUGUGAAACAUUUGUUCUGAUCUGAGAGAGGGGGGGUGUUUGUUGAACUCGGGUUCUGACCCCUCUCUCUCUCUCACACACACACAACAGAGACGGGCAGCUCCGGAUAUCUCUGCUCUCACUUUCGGUUUCGUUUCUCUCGGUGGCAGUUCUGGCUGCGAGAUUCAGCAGCAGCCUCCGUGUCUGUGUGUGUUUGACCACUUCAGGGGGUUCUUCUGCUGUUGAGCGCAGUGAGGUUCCUUUGCCACCAACUCGAGGACCCAAGGUGUCACAGAAGACUAAGAUGGAGCAGCCGGACCCCACGGAUGACCAUGUCCUGCAGGUGCAUGGCAUCACUGAUGACAUGCCCAUGGACAUUCUAACCUUGUACUUUGAGAGCAAACGCCGGUCAGGGGGAGGAACCAUCACGUCCAUCAAGCGACAGGGCGACUACGCUGUGAUCACCUUUGAGAACCCAGCAGACGCUCAGCGUGUUCUGUCCAAGCCAGGACACAAAUUCCAGAAUGUCGAGCUGACUGUGAGGAAGUUGCCGCCCAAGGACCCAAAGAAGAUUGUGCUCCGCGGGCUGAAGCCACAGAUCUUGGAAGAUACUUUAAUUCUCUACCUUGAGUACAUCACUGAACGCAACAGUGAGCAGUUCACUGUCCACUAUGACCAAGACAGAAUGCUAGCACUUGUUCACUUCCAGGAAGCUCUGCCUGCAGAAGCCCUUGAAAAAAUGAAGAAAAGGACUAGAAGCCGAUGUUUGCAGGGAACCACCUUGGAAAUUGAAGAACUGCCCCGAACCGACUGCAUUCUGGUGGAAAACCUGGACCCCACAGAUGAUAAGGACAUUGUAAGCCUUUACUUUGAGAGCCGACGCAGCAACGGAGGGAGUGUGCUCGAUGUUACCAUGGUUUCCCAGGGAACUGCCAUCGUUGUGUUCCAGGAAUGGGAAGCUGCUGACCGGGUUCUUCAGAAGCGCCAGAAAUUGCAGGAACGUGAGCUGCUCGUUCGUCCGUAUUACAGUUUUCUCCAUUCCCCCCUCACGGGUCCAGAAUGUGACAGGACGACAGAAGAAACCAAAGCCAAGGUGCCGGCCGAAGUGACGAGCACGGUAAACGUCCCUGACAAGGCGAAGCUGAACAUCUUACGGACCAGCACGUUCCUGCAAGACCUGAGGAAUGAAUGUCCGGAAUUGUCCCUGAGUGUCGAUGACAAUAACUGUGUCAGUGUUUAUGGAACGGAUCUCCUGCAGAUCGAGAAGACAAAGAGCCGGAUUCUGGAAUUCCUGAGUAACAUAGCCCAAGUGGAUGUCCCCAUCGGUGAGGACGAGGCAAGAUUCCUUUCCAGGGACGAAACUCAGGAUUACUUGCGGAACAUGCUGCACGAGAAGGGCUUGUCACCUUGUUUUUCCGUCUCAGGCAGUGUGAUGACAGUCACCGCUCUCUCAGUUCCUGCUGCCUAUGAGGUGGCCCACCUGAUCAAGGAGCAGUUGUGCCAGUUUAGUGUCUCAAUAGCGGACCGACAGCUCCAUGUGCUCAUUUCUCCUGACUGGGAGAAGCUCCUCUCGUCCCUGAGGGGCUGUGAAGCUCGGAUAUCUGAUGUUGGGGACCAGCUCUACUUCAACUCCCUCAAAUGUUUCAGAGUUGAAAAUGAGGAACGGGUGAAAGCCUUGCUAGAAAAUGCCGUUUCAGAGGAUUUUGUGAUAGGGAUGGAACCCAGCAAAUUGAGAUUCCUGCAGGAAUAUUACCAAGACUUACUAGCUGGGUCUCAACAGGUUUUCAUUUUUCCACUAGAAGGUGAUGUCACAGGGCUAAGGAUUACCGGGGUGGGCAGUGCCUGUGAAGCUGUGGAUGAGCUCCUCCGCAGCAUCAUCUCAAACAUCUGCACCAGGACAGUGACUCUUCAGGAACCUGGCAUCUCUCGUUUCUUGCUGGAGAAACGCGGAGCCAACAUUUUGAAGCAACUGGAGACAAAGCACAACUGUACAAUUGGGUUGGAGAAAGUGCGGUGGAUAAUGCUGCGAUCUGAGCACCCCCUGGAAGUCCAAAACAGUCGAGCAAUACCGAGUUUUGAAAGAGAUAUUCCGGUCUGCACGGAGCAGCAGCAGCAGCAGCAGUCAGUGAGUGUGAGUGAUCCAAAUGGGAAUAUCCCAGAUCUCGAUGAAAUCCGGAGUUUGCUUGCAUCAAUCGAAGAGCCUGAAGCUGAAUCGAGUCAAAGUAGAAAGAACAAAGGCAGGCACGACUCGACUUCCCAAAGCGUUUCUAACGAGAAUGAGUACGAUUCGAUUGAGGAAGAUCUCUACACCGACCGAGCAGCUGACCUGUGCUCUGGUGCUGGUAAUGAUGUAAUGGAGGAGGAUGAUCUCACUGACCCUGACACCAAAAAGCAGCAGGAAGAAGACGAAGGCAAUGAUAAAGGUGAUACGGAAGAUUUGGAGGGCACUGGGAUGAUGGCUGUAGCCAAGGCAGAAAUGGACGAUGCCCAGUUAUGCCUUGCCCUCCAGUACUCCAUGGACAGCAGACACCAGCUGACUAGAGAGGAGGAGGAGCUUCAGAAAGCCCUUCAACUUUCAAAAGAACUGGCAGCGAGCCAGCAGGACAAAAAUCUGGAACUUGCCAUUCAGAUGUCCAGCGUUGAGAACUCUGAGGCCAGCCUUGAGGAAGUUAUCAAAAUGUCCAUGGCUGAAGCUGCACAGAGCUCGAAUUCUGCCCAGUUAACCAUCUAUGGCGAUUCCAACAUGUGCAUCGAACAAUUAGUGGGCGAAUUGGAGAGGAACAUCCGGUCACACCUGCGUGAAGAAGUAAUGAAGGACAAAUGCUUCCAAAACUUGAGCAAUGAUUACAAGAGUUACCUGGAGUACCUCCAACGGAAGCACGCCGUCGACAUCACUGUCCAGGGGAGCGAAGUCAAGAUUCGCGGGUUUGCGGAUUACACCAUACACGCCAAGGAAAACAUUACCCAACUAAUGCACUGGGCUGCCCAGGAUGAAAUGUCAAAGGUUGAAGAGGCUGCGAUAACCAGGUCUGUCCAAUGGGUGAGGCAAUGUCAAGACGGCAUCGCAGUUCCUUACACGUCGAAAGCGUGUGUUUGCAUCGAGAAAGCGUUUCAGCGAAAGGAGAAGAGGAUUGAUGUGAUAUUCGACAAUAAGCCUUACACCAUUGACUUUGAACGAAUGGAGGAAUACAACCUGGGAGAAACAGAGUCCAUUCCAAUUGAGAGGAAGUCUCUUGACAGCCCAAUUGAUGCAGAUGCGUUGUCUCUAGCUUCAGGACGAAUCGAGCUAGUGCAGCUGAAUGAAGCCAGUGAAGAAUAUUCCAAAAUGGUCCGACAUUUUUAUGAUUCCCUGAAAGACUUGCACAAUAAAAUUCGCAUUAUAAAGGUGGAGAAGGUGAACAACCCACUGCUGUACCAACAAUACAUGCUGAAGAAGGCCAGCAUGGUGGCCGUGCAGACCAACGUCGAGCGAGUCCUCUACCAUGGGACAACUGAGGAGAGCACUAAAGAGAUUUAUGUGCACGGUUUCAACAGGAGCUUCUCUGGGAAAAAUGCUUCUGUCUACGGGCAAGGUGUUUAUUUUGCCUUAAACGCCGUUGUGUCGGCACAGGACCAAUAUUCCCCACCCAACGCCAAUGGACAUAAAUUCGUGUUUGUGGCAAAAGUCCUGACUGGAGCCUACACAAACGGGAAGUCCAAUAUGAAGACUCCGCCACUGAAAGAGAACAGCGAAAUGCCACUCAGAUAUGACUCGCUUGUUGACAAUUGCAACAAUCCUAAAAUAUUUGUCAUCUUCAAUGAUACCCAGGCGUACCCUCAAUACCUCAUCACCUGCCAGAAUAACUGAUACCUCCCUACAACUGCUCCUUGUGAAGAUCGCUGUACUCUGACAUUCUACCAUACCUGGAUUAUCCUGCUGCUUCUCUAGUCUUAUUGAACCCAGCCCUUCUCCCUCUGAUGGGGUGAAACUUUAUCCAUAGGAGGUUUGGGUCAAUGCACUGAGCCUUAGAUAGCAAACCAGACAGUGGAUAUGCUUGUAUUCGUAGCAAGCCCAUUCUCUUUUUAAUUCUUUUCAUGCUGAAACUCUUAACUCACUUCUCUGGAUCACAAGGUUCCUCAUCCUUUAAGAAUGUAAAUUGAAAAGUCAUUCCAUUCGCCUGGUUAGAUGGGACUUUGACUUAUUUUAUGCUGUCAACUGCAUUCUGAGCAAGCUGCCUUAUUGCCAUGCCUCUGGUCAUGUUGGGAGACUUCUUUGUAUGUAGACUUUCAUGGGAUGUGGGUGUCACUGGCAAGGCCAGCAUUUGUUGCCCGCCCCUAAUUGCCCUUGAGCUGAGCGGCUUGCUCGGCCAUUUCAGAGGGCAGUUAAGGGUCAACCACAUGUAGGCCAGACCGAGUAAGGUCAGCAGAUUUCCUUCCCUAAAGAGUGAACCAGAUGGCUUUUUACAAUGUGCUUGCUGAUCUACGUUGAUAGUUUCAAUGAUGGAUUCACGAUUACCUGAGGUUCGCUUUCAAUUCCAGAUCUGUUGACUGAAUUUAACUGUGUUGGCAUUUGAACCCUUGUCCCCAGAGCAUUAGCCUGGGCCAGUGACAUGACCACCAUCUCUCGCCUCCCUUCCCCCUACUUCCCCACAAAAUGAAAGCUUGUAAAUUA